AUGCUGAGAAGUCUGAAAGGACUUGUCUGCCAUCCUCUCAAGUUGGACCAUGGGUAUGCCCUCCAUACGGCGGCCAAGGAUUGCUUAAGUUCCGUUGUCGGCCAGGAUGUCCAAACACUGGCGGAAAGACCAAGAACAGUUUUCUACACCAGCGAGAACGACCCGGCCAACCACGCCGACCACCACGAGGGUCGCCAUUACAGCAUUCCACUUGAGGAGGUGAAAGCCGUGUUUCCCCAUGGCCUGCCCUCUCGCUUCCAGCAGCAGAUUAAGACCUUCAAUGAAGCCUGCCUGAUGGUGCGAAAACCAGCUCUAGAACUUUUCGCUUACCUGAAGAGCUCCAACUUUGCCCACCCAGCUGUCAGAUACGUGAUCUAUGGUGAGAGAGGAACGGGGAAAACCAUGACUCUGUGUCACGUGGUUCACUACUGUGCAAGGCAAGGCUGGCUGGUGCUGCACGUCCCAGAUGCUCAUCUCUGGGUGAAAAACUGCAGGGAGCUUAUGCGGUCUUCCUAUAAGAAAGAACGGCUUGAUCAGCCUUUGCAAGCAUCUUUCUGGCUCAAGAACUUCAAAACCUCAAAUGAGCGCUUCCUGAAAGAGAUAAAAACACAAAAAAAAUAUGUGUGGGGCAAACGAGAAAGCACGGAGGAGGGCAGACCGCUGGGUGAAGUGGUGGAGCAGGGUUUAGCUCGCGUGAGAAACGCCAGCGAUGCUGUAGGGGUUGUGCUGAAAGAGAUAAAGCAGCAAUGUCGUCUCGGCUCAUUCCGACUUCUUGUGGCAGUGGACGGUGUCAACGCGCUCUGGGGAAGGACUACGUUAAAGAAGGAAGACAAAAGCCCGGUUUCUCCAGAGGAGCUGACGCUCGUGUACAAUCUAAGGAAGAUGGUGAUGAACGACUGGAGUGGAGGUGCUGUUGUGAUGACCCUCAGCCAGACCGGCUCGCUCUUCAAACCCAGUUCUGCCUACCUGCCCCAGGAGCUGCUGGGAAAGGAGGGCUUCGACGCCCUGGACCCCUUCGUCCCCAUCCCGGUCCCCAACUACAGCCCGCGGGAGUUCGAGAGCUGCUACCGCUACUACCUCGAUCGCAAGUGGCUGCAGCACGAGAAAGGACGCCGCGUCCUCGGCCGGAACGGGAGGCUCCGGCACCGCCGCGCAAGGUCUGGGGUGUUCAGAGUUGAAACCUCCUUCGCUCUUCACGCCUGUCUCGUUCCAGGCACCUCUCCUGCCCCUUCGCGCCUCGCUCUUUCCCAGGAGGUUCGCUCGGGCGGCAGCGUGCAGGUCUGGUCCGAUUACCUCAACGUGCGCUUGCAUCCCAAGAGCGUCUACGUCAUCCAUCAGUACAUGCACGAUGGGGACUGUGGUUGUCUAGAAGCCUUUGGGCAAGGUGAAAGUCUCCUGCAGGAUCCUGGCUGCGUAGAGGAGCUGGAAGAUCGGUUGCACUUCUAUGUUGAAGAGUGUGAUUAUCUGCAGGGAUUUCAAGUCCUCUGUGACCUACACAAUGGCUUCUCUGGAGUCGGGGCCAAGGUGACAGAACUGCUCUACGAUGAGUAUUCAGGAAAAGGAAUCCUGACCUGGGGCCUGACUCCGGUCACGAGUAACGAGGGAGAUUUUCAGAAGAAUUUUUACAGGCUGAUGAACACAGCCCUCGGAAUCGUCCGUCUCUCCAGUCACAGCUCGCUCUUUUGCCCCCUGUCGCUCAGUGGGAGCCUAGGAAUCAAGCCCCAACCUCCUGUUACGUUUCCAUACAUAAACUAUGACGCAUCGCUUAACUACCACAGUAGCGCAAUUCUGGCAGCAGCGCUCGAUACCCUCACUGCUCCGUACCGGCUCUCCUCCUCGCGGGGCUCGAUGAUGCACCUUGCUGAGACCCUGAACUUCUCUGGGAGAAAGGUAAGGGCAGAGAGAACGGCAGCCUCCGAUCCUUAGCUCUACCCCUGCCACUUGACAGCCGUCCCGGACACCGGCGGGGGGGUCUAGAAGGUCAGCUGCUGUUUUGCUCAGUCUGUUGUGCUACGAGGACUUUGCAAAGAAAGUCACAUCAGCUGCUGUCCAGGAAAGCAGCCCGCUUCUCCGCUCCACGCCUGUGAGAGCGCCGAGCAGAUUCUGCAGCAUUACCUGCACACCGCCUUUCCCGGGGCGUUCAGCACGUCCCACGUGCUCGCGCAGCCAUGCGAUACCCUGCCGCCGUACCCCCAGUUUUUUUCUCCUCUCCUGAGCAGACAAGGCUUCCUCCUGGACAAACCUCCCAGUUACUCCUCAGCAGCUGUUGAAAGCAUCCCUGUGCUAGCAGCCCUGCAGUCCUCACCGGUGCUGCGCACGCUCCUCUACAGCUUAUACGGGGACCUACAGAAGCUGAACCUGCGGCGCUGGGCCAGCUUCUUCUCUGCCGGAGUUGAAGAGGGCGACUUCCAGGAGGCCUUAGAGGAGCUAAGAACUCUGUCACAGUGCUACGAAACGGGGUUUGAAGCAGAGGGAUCUGAAGAUGAAGCAGAUUCAGACUAA